GGGUCUCCGGAGGCGUCUUCCCGGCCCUGCUGGGGAGCGAUCCGGCGCCUGGCUUUUAUGGUAUGGGGAGCCGGGCUGGGAGAAGGCUCGGCAGCGUUAGCGUACGUGGACCUUGAAUUCAGCACGACGUCGAGUGGAGAGACUCCCAACAGGCGUUGCCUUUGCUUUUCGGAGAGGAAGAAGCAUUUAAGUUAAAGAAUUUUCCCGUAAAAGGGAUUGGUGGGAACCGAGGUGCGUAGGGUUUAUCCUUGCUGCCUGUGUCCUUGCAGGAUCCAGAAGAACAUGCUGAUGGACCUCAAUAAGGAGAUCAUGAACGAGUUAGGUAUCACGAUCGUUGGCGAUAUCAUUGCCAUUCUCAAGCACGCUAAAGUGGUAUACCGGCAGGAAAUGUGCAAAGCUGCAACAGAAUCAAUGGCCUCUAGCCAAACUGCUUUGCAGUCUGAACUCCGCAGGAAUGCUAAUACCGCUGCCACCAGGAUGAUUGCAAACAGUUUGAGUCGAGACUCUCCACCUUCUACUCCUGUUCGGAGGCCUGACACCAGUGCCUCCAAAAUCUCCAUCACUGUAUCCAACAAAAUGGCAGGAAAAAACACCAAAACAGCCGUUUCCACUCCUAGGGCUGAGAAUUCCACCGUCCCAGUGAAACGGCGUCGUGUUACAGCUGAGAUGGAAGGGAAGUACAUUGUCCAUAUGCCCAAAGGAACAACUCCGAGAACCAAGAAGAUCCUGGAGCAGCAGCAGGCAGCAAAAGGCUUGCAAAGAACUUCUGUGUUUGACCGGCUUGGUGCAGAGACCAGUGCAGACCCAGCUACAGGAAGCAAGCCCACAGGAGUAUUCAGCCGGCUGGGGGACAUGCAGGAGGUGGAGGAGGACAAAGGAGCCGACAGCGACGAUGACAGCUCUGUCCUGCAGUAUGCAGGAGUACUGAAGAGAUCCUCCCACCCCUCCAAGCCCAAAGAGAGCUGUAAAGUUGGGAUGACGAUCAAAGCAAAAGCUACCAGCUCUGACCCCAAGCAGGCGGCGGUGGCAGCCACUGCCACAGUCCAGCGACUGGGGAACAACAGCGUGGCUGGACCUGCAGCUCCUGCCAAGGAAGAGAUGCAGGCCUCGUCCCUCGCACCAGGCAGCGCGGCCAAGAGACUGGGCAAGCGCUGGUUGAAGCUACUUGCGGCCCAGGACAGCAGCGUCACCAGUUCCAGGAGCAAGCCUGACUCUUCGUUCCGUGUCACCAUAAACAGAACUUUAGGGAGCUCCAAAGUAAGCAGCUCCAGCUCGGCAGAGACCCCCAGUGCUCAGAUGGACCACACGGGCACCGUCAGUGUCUUUAAGAGGCUGGGCAGAAAGACUGUGUGAGCCUCGUCUGGGACCCCAUUAGGAGGGAGUCUCCAGACAAGCCAAUGAGUGCAAGUGUGUGUGUGUGUGUGCGCGCGCGCGCGCAUCUUCCCCAUCACCUCCCUUUGUGAGUGGGCUGCGGCACUCCUGAGCUGAUGCAGAUCUGCUUCUGUGAAGCUCUUGGUUGAUUCCCCAGUGGGGUGUCCAAAAUCUCUUAGGGCUGAGCACGAGCCUCAGCAACGCGCAGUUGGUUGCGGCACAAGAAAGCCCAGUUGGGCACAUAAAAGGCCUUGAAGAGAGAGCAGGGCGCACCUUUUGUUUUUCUCUGCAAGUGUCUGCUGUCUCCUAGGAAGCAGCGCCCCUAAGAGAGACAGAGGCAGGCAGCCCCUUUCUUCUUUUCCCUUCUGAGCUUUCAACUGCCACAUCCUGGAUCAGUUCCAGGAAGGGCCGCUGAAUGGUGCCGGACAUUUCUUUUAGGGGAUGCUGGAGCUGGCAGUUGACAAGGAGGGUUCCAGUACUGUACUGGGUUUCACCUCCUGCAGCUUUUCUUUCAUUUUCUGUUCUCUUGGACGGGCUGAGGAGCAUCCUUUCUUGUCUAACCCUGCCGUGUACAGGUGGAAUCAUGAUUUCACAUCAGACUUCUUCACUGGCCUAGCUUCAUUUCUUUUGCCUAGACUCCUGAAUUCAGCUGUAGGUUCUUGGGUGGGGUGGUGCAACUUGCUACCCCCGCAUUUCCUCUUAGACUUUUCUGGAGCAAACCAAAAGCACACCGAGAUUUUUUUUAAAAAGAGCACGCAUCUGGUGUCUUGAGGCUCUUUCCUCACCUGCCAUGGUGAGGAAGGUUUGCUUCUCUCCACCCCCUGCCCACCCUCGUGGUUUUGGCUGUCUCUUGGAGACUCAGGCCACUAUCUUAGGUUAUAGCCCAUUGACCUGCCUGCAAGCACACACCUCUUGCAGGGUUUGGCGUUGGCCCUGGGGAAUGGCUGGGGUCAGGUUCUCCCUCCCUCCCUCCAACCUUGAGCAGAGGUAGAGCUGCAAAGAAGGGGUGCAUGGCACUCACGUGCCCGCACUUUUUCACCAGGAGAAACCCUUGUUCUUUCUGGCUUUUGCAACCUCGGUUUGUGAAAUCUCCUGCCCCCGCACUCUGGGAGACCCGUGAGGGCAGGCAGGGUCUUGCUUUCGCAGCUGCCCCCGCCUCCUGCAGUGAAACUUCAUGAGUGCCAGGCAGGGACUUGCGCCCGGGAAGUGGGCGAGAGGGGCCCGUCCGCUCCAGGGAGGGCCGUUGGGGGGACGGGUGCUCGGGCGGGCCGGCGGCGGCCCCCUCCCGGCGCGCCAGCCAUCGGAGCGACUGGCAGCGGGAGGGGUUACGCUACCGGCGGUGGUGUUGCCUCCCCCCAGCUCAGCGGCCGCCGGGUGCUGCAUCCCGCUCCCCGCGGAGGAGGCCGCCGGGCCGGA